AUGUGGUCGGCUCUACAGCAUGCCAAGCAGACCGCGUGUGGCUUCGCUCGCAGACACAAGAAGCUGCUGAUCGUGACGGGCGUGGGUGCAGCAUGUGCUGGAGGCGCUUAUUACGCAUACAGACGCAUGUUGAGUGAGGCAGAGCGCUUCACGCAACAGAUCCAAGUGCAGAUGGCCGAGCAUCAGCACUUGCAACUGGCACUAGGGUCCACGGCGGACGAGAGCCGCGCGACUGUGCGGCGCUUUCUUCCAAGACUCAAGACACGACUCUACCAAUUGUUGGACCUGGAGAGCGUCGUACAGGAGCUCAAGACUCUGAACAAGACGCAAAAGAGUCGACGUAAUACUCUAUGGGAGGACGCCAAGCUACUGGCCUUCACACGCUACCUGACGGCACUUGUGGCCUUCGGACUGUGGCAUUUACUGGUGUUUGCACAGGUUUCUAUCAUCGGCAAACGAGUCUUCGAGAAGAGCAAGAGAUCGGAGCUUUCUGACCGACAGAAGCAAAGAGAGGAGGCCGAGGAGCAGGCACACCACGCUUUCUUGACCUCUGGGCUCGAAUACUUUUUGGAUGAAGCUCUAGAUAAAAUCAAAGCACACGUCGAAGCUGUGGUCAAAAAGAAUAAGCAGUUGCAAGCCUGGAAAGUCAGUCGCAAAGCUGCAGUCACCGCCGACGAGCUGAAUGAACUGCUUCAAGCGCUGUUCCUGGCGGUAUUGCCAUCUCCAGCUGCUGUUGCUGCAGCGGAGAAACAAGAGCAGUCAACAGAGCUGCAUAAGUGGCGGGAAUUCUUGAUCUAUUCGGACAAACAAAAGGGUCAAGACGAACACGUGAUCGGUCUCCUUAACGACUUGUGGGAUCUACUCGAGAGCGACCUCUUCAUGCCUGCGUUGCAGCAUAGUUUGGGUUUCCUGUGUGGCAAUGCCUUCCAAGAUCUUGAUGACGUCGUGUAUGGACCAAGUAAACCUGAACCUCGUGUCGUAGAAGACACUGCCGAGCCGUCCAAGAAGAAGCCAGCACCUCCAUUGGCAAAGCUCAUCCCGUGUCUCCAAGCUGAGAUGAACAAGUUGUUGCUGUCUUCAGGACCUGAUAGCUACGCUGCAAAAUACUCACAGGGUGUGGGCGAGAUGGAGGCAUUCCGUAACUUUUACGAGGCCAUCUUCUUCGAACAGAGCGCACAGGACCCAUACAUGGGAUCAACUCUCAUCUAGACACACCCAGAUUGCCUAACGUGUAGUUAAAACCGGUACAAACUUAAUAAGUAGCGAGACAUUCACAGAAAGGGAGAAGCACAAUGCAAACUCUAUUUUCUCUUA